UAUGAUUAGCCUCGACUUCCAAGUUUGUAUUACAGGUAUGCUUCAUUACUUCCAUUCAAAUAACGGUUGUUGAUUCACUGUGAUGUGGCCGGUUUGUAGUGAACGGUAGCUCAGUGUACUUGUACUUUUUUGAGAUCAAGAUGGAUCGAACGUACAUCGCAAGUGCUCUUGUCUUCCUCAUUGUGCUUCUCUUGUUGUGGAUCUUCUGUGUGAAAAGGAGAAGGAGUGGUGGUCUUUUGGCAGGAAAAGCAAAAAAGACAUUAUCUGGCGUGAAAGAAGAUGAGGAAUUCCGUUCUGAUGUCCAAACGACAGUUUUUAAGAAUCUACGACAUCGACAGAUGCAAGAAGAGCAUUAUGAAGAAAUUAAAUCGACAACUACUACUGUAGUUAAUCAAGCCGUGUUAACAAGUUCCGCUAAUUCGAAAGUAUCAAGUGGAUUAGAUAUGUCUAUAUCGGAUAAAAACUUUGAUCAUGUGGACGCACUUAAGACGGACAGAUUAUAUAAAAAUAAACAUGUGGAAAUAUUAGCGGAGAAAUUUAAAUCUACCGAUGAAGUUAGUGAAGCUAUGAGAAGAGCAGGUUUAGAACAUUGUAAUCUUAUAUUUGGUGUUGAUUAUACAGCUAGUAAUUAUAAUCAAGGUAAAAAGACGUUUGGUGGAAAAUAUCUUCACAAGAUCGAUCCAGAUUGUCUGAAUCCUUAUCAACUGGUUAUUCAAGUAUUGGGUAAGACUCUACAUUCAUUUGCUAGUGAUGGUAGUAUACCAGCAUUUGGUUUUGGUGAUAUGAGAACUAAAGAUAGAUCAAUCUUUGCUCUUAAUACAAAUGGGUUAUGUUCUGGAUUUGAAGACGUAUUAAAGAUUUAUAAUCAGAUUACACCAAAUGUUCAUCCUAGUGGUCCCACAAACUUCGCUCCCUUGAUUUAUCAGGCCAUAUCAAUUGUCAAGGCAACUAGUGAGCCUAAACAUAAGUAUCACAUUCUGGUUAUUGUGGCUGAUGGUCAGGUGACCAGUGAACAAGCUACGAUUCAAGCCAUCGUCGACGCCUCAAACUAUCCUCUCUCUAUUAUAAUGGUUGGAGUAGGAGAUGGACCAUGGGAUACAAUGGACGAGUACGAUCACAAACUUCCUGCCAGAAAAUUUGACAACUUUGAGUUUGUCGACUAUCAUAAAGUUACAUCAAACACCUUAACACCGGAUGCUGCCUUCGCUCUUCACGCUCUAAAGGAAAUUCCUGAUCAAUAUAGAGAAAUAAAAGAUCUUGGAUAUUUAUCAAAUUAAAUUAUACGAUGUUAUACUUUUUGGUUUUUUCAUAUCGUCGGCCUCAAUCUAAUGAUAUGGACGUCCAAGCCUGGAAAUAAGACACCUGUCACAGUCAUUGUCAGGUACAAUCCACCCGAUGCCUUUCUUUUUAGCCUGGCACAGAUUGUCUUUUUUCCGUGUGUUUUUUUUAUAUUAUUGAUAUCUUCAGUAGCACCUGACAUUUUGUCAGGUACAUCUAAAAUGGUUAUAUCCAGCCCUGUACAGGUCUGUAUUUUUCAAAUAAAAACCUUAAUGCUUUGUGACAUUAAUGCAAUCUACCGUAGGUUAUUCUCUUUUUCUUAUUUAAUUAAUCUACUUGUUUUAGUGUUUUGAUGGUGGUUUAGUAGUAGUAGAUUAUAGCUGAUGCGCUAGCCUUCGACCUGAUCAAAAAUUGAAACAGCCAAGAUACUUUAAGAUAUAACCAAAACUGCCAAGUCAAGUGCUAAUACAUUCUUUGGGUAAUCAUCAGAAGUCUACAGGUUUAAUCGAAGUUAUAAAAUGGUUAUUUUUUUAAUCAAUGGGGAACUUUAGGGUACUGUCAGUACAUGCUAGAAAAAAUAUUUGGAGUACUGAUAACUAGAGAAUUUGACCAAUUAAAUUGAAUUUUGAUGAAUGGGGGGAUAACAGCUCACUAUAUAUGUUUACCGAUUUUAAUAAGGUUUUUGGUAUCUUUAGAUGAAAUCUUUUAAAUUUCUAUUGAACAGCUAAAAAUUCAAGCUGUUUUUCUAAUCCUUAGGAAUGGUCUCUCUUUAAAAAUUCGUCCAAAAAUAGUGUGAAGAUGUAAAUGUGAAUAUGCUGCAUUACAUCAGAUCUCUGUUAAAACUGACAAAAUUAUAUUUUACACCAAGAAUAUAUUUCUAUAUGUAUAAUGUAUAAAUGGUUAUUAUUUUAAUCAAUAGUGAACUUUAGGGUAUUGUGCUAGAAAAAAUAUUUGGAGCACCGAUUGUUAGAGCAUUUAACCACUUAAAUUGAAUUUUGAUUAAUGGGGGAUAACUGUAUGUUUAUCAAUUGUAGUACAGUUUUUGGAACAUAAACUUUUUAGAUGGAAUCUUUUGAAUUUCUUUUCAUUUUGCUAAGAAUUCAAACUGUUUUUCUAAUCCUUUGCGAUGGUCUCUCUUUAAGAAUUCGUCCAAAAACAGGUUGAAGAUCUCUGUUAAAACUGACAAAAUUAUAUUUUACACCAAGAAUAUAUUUCUAUAAAGUUAUGUAUAAUGUAUAAAUUUAUAAUGAUGUACAUUUUUAGUCUCAAAUUAUAUAUUUUGGGAAAUCUGUUUCAUUUAUUUACAUGCCGAUAUAAUUAUAUAUGACAAGCUUACCUGUUGAACAAGGAACUGAUUCUAUACCCAGGGUUAAUCUGGUGGUUGUUGUGGCGACCCCUGCCUAAUAUUUUGAGAAAGAUCAACUUGGAACUUGGAUUGCUUGUUCUUUUGACAAAUGCGCAUUGAUCCACAAACUUCGAUUUUUAAGGUGGCGUCACAAUUCCAAGGUGGCUGCGAUACGGUUCCUGGUUCAUAUGAAGGCUUGUAUUUGUUUACUUUUACUUUAUUAGGGAAUAGAUCUAUUUGUAUACAUGUAAUAGUCAUAUAGUGUGUCUAAAUAGAUAUGUGGGUCAUAAAAAUGUUAAUGUUUUAAAGAUGCAUUAUAUAAGAGCUAAAUCUGACUAUUGCAGAUCUUUCUUUUGGUUUCCAAUGUUUUAUAAACUACUAUUUAGACAUUUAUUCACAUGACAAGGGUGUAAUCAAUUCACUGGACCAUCGGAUGACUGAGAUUUAAAUGGAUUGAAACACCCGGGACAUUUAAAAUUUAACAAUGAAAUGGAUAAUCAAGACUUAGCCUUGAUUGUUAAGUUAAGUACCGUUGCUACAAUACUAAGCAAUCUAUGCUACAUCUUUAGUCAUAACUUUUCCUAGAAUAAAGUAAUUUGAAUGAAAUUUUCAAUAUAUUCAGUUUUCAUUAUCAUUAUAGCAACAACGGUCAGCUCUUUAUCUGAAUCUUACAUACUGCAUCUUUAACUGUUAGCGCUGUUAUAUUAUAUAGAAUUAUUUAAGCUUUAUUUUCAAAUCAUAUAUCAUGUGUAAUGAACAAAAAGCAUUGUAAUAAUUCCUUUAUUGAUAUUCAUUGGUUGUAUAAAUUAUUAUUAUCAUACAUAAUAUUUUUUAUAUUGGAUGUAGGUAUAUUUGCUUUUAAAAUAUUAAUGUUUUUGCCAUUUUUUAUUUGUUAAAAUCAAUUUAGAUUUGUUGUAAUUUUUUUCAAUUUUUUAAAAUUAUGUACAUUCCGGAAAAAGUUGGGAAAGAAACAUUUAACACAGAAAAACAUUCUUCUGAAAUCAAGUUAGUCUCAUUAAAACUCAUCCUCGGUAUCCCCAGUGUUCUCAUUCCGUUCUAUUCCACUAUACUUGAAAAUGUGUCGCCCCCCCCCAGUGGUUAGUAGGUAGACUGGAAUGAAACCACUAUGUAUACUGAGGAUGAUUAAAACUCUACAUUAUUAUGGUUUUUUUUAUAAUCUGUCUUCAUUAGCUGAGAUGAAGCCGAGAAGUACCGUAGAAUGUUAAUGCAGCUUGUCACCAGGUCUACUCAGUAUUCUCGGAAAUACUGUUGAGUGUCUCUUAAAGGCGUAUGAAACAGUGAUUACUUCAUUAAAUAUUUGGUGUCAUUAACUUAAAACUCAUCUACAAUCACUCUGAAAACUGUCCAUGGAUCAAAUAUUUAACGUCAUUCACUCAAGCAGAUGAAAUAAACUUCUUUGGCAGUUUAUACACCAAAGUUAACAGCGAUACUUUCAUAUUUAAAAAAAAAAAAAACUUUAUUUUAAUUUCACUCUUUGAUUGGAUGCCACCAUUUACCCUCUCCCCGCACCCACUGUAUUCACCAGAGCUUUUGAUCCAUUAUGAUUGUAUUUCUAUAUUUCUACACUUGUUAUAUUUUUAUUAGAUUUUUUUUUUUUUUGUAAUUAAGAUCUGUAUUACUGAUGUAGACUUUUAUUAACUUUUACAUGAUACCACAUAAUAUUUUUCACUUUCCACUUAUUUUUGUUAAUGGUGUAUAGUGACAAUACCAUUAUGGAAAUAAAAUGUUCUUUAAUAGAA